CAUAAAAAAAAUUGUAACCGUAGCUUAAAGCAAAACUUUGACAUGACCGGCUAAGGUAGAUCUAGAGGGCAUACAAGAUUGAAAUCAAUGGGGGCAAUCAGAUGGAUGUCAGUUAUUUUGAGGGCAUUAAAACUUAAUUAAAAGUUGAAACGCACUAGUUUGUAGGGACAACGUAUGCAAAUUAACAAAGCAUAAAAAACCCAUUAACAAAAAAGAAAAAAGAGAAAGAGCAGCGCAAAACAAAAAGCAAUCAUUACGCAUAGUAUGUUACACUUAUCAACAUUAAGUAUAAAAAUACAGUCUUUAGACUUUAGUCACAAAAAGAAAAAAGAUUAGUAGAACAAAUAAAAUUUAGAAAUUUAUGGCCCCAUUAAUUCUACCCUGUCUGGCUCUUUAAAUAUAUUCCUACCUUCAUCAUUUCUUCUCUCACUCAUAGAACCCAUCUCUGUCUCUAAGUUUUUUCUAGCCUCUGAGUUCUAUUAAUCUCCUAGCCCAAGAAAAUGGAGCCUCCUGCUACACCAAUCAUAGCCAAGAAACUGAGCAACAUGGUACGUCUGAUUUUGUUCGCAUUACAAAAGGGCGUGUCCAAAAAGAAGCUGAUGAUGAUGAAGGAGCAUGGGAAGAUCUUAGGCAAGUCCUUCAAUGAUUUCAUGGUUCGCCACCACACGGCGCUCAGCUGCAAGUCACAUGACGUGCACGUGUCCUUCGUGUACCCCCUCGAGUACGAGUUCAGCUGCAAAAGCAGCAUCCCACCGUACAGAUCGUCCUACACUCCUCCCUGCCACGACAGCGGGCACAAUAAGGGCCGUUACGUUAGGCAGCGUUCGCGGAGGAGCGUUUACGUGCCGAUGAUGUGUGAGAAUGUAUUGGCGACGGUUAACACCGGUAGGAAAGUGAGCUUUCGCGGCGGUGAUGUGGUGGAACCACUGCCGAUGGUGAGGCGGGUGAGGAUAACGGAGUGGGAGCCGUUGUUCCCGUUGAAUAUUGAUGAGGAGGAGGAGGAGGAGGAGGAUUAUCAUGUGGACAAAGCAGCACAGGAAUUUAUUGACAAGUUUUAUAGGGAGUUAAUGUUACAAAAAUGGAUGGCCGUAGAUUCCUCCCACUGAUCUUAAACUGCUUUAUUAGAUUGUAACGAUGUGUAGCUUGUGAGUGUAUUUAGUGAAGUAAUUACAACCCAUGCAUGCUUUCCUUUCAUGUUAUUGUACAGUUAGGAUUUAACCACCUAAUGCAAGACCUUUCUUUCAUGUUAUA